CCGCUUUUUCCCUCCCAGGAAGCAGAAAUUACCGUCCCGGCAGUUCACGUACACCUUCGACGCGCCCGACGCAUUUGGCGAGAGACCCGGGCUGCAUUAACACGAACAGCAGAACACAACCGUCGGAUUGCUGACAGGCACCGGGUCCCCGCGCCUGAUUACCAGCCUGGGAUGGAGGUAUGGCUGUCCUCUAAAGACCUCCCGCUUGCAGGGACCUCUCGGAAGCUGGCUCCAAGGUUCGUGGGACCUUACAAGAUCAAAGCUAUAGUCAACAAGUCAGCUGUCAAGCUGGAGCUCCCACCGGCUCUUAAAGUCCACCCAGUCUUCCACGUCUCCUGCAUCAAGCCUGUCGCUACCAGUCCACUGUGCCCUUCGGUCGAGGCUCCACCUCCGCCCCGCAUCAUCGACGGCCAGCCCGCGUACACGGUGAGAGCCCUAUUAGAUUCGAGAAGAAGGGGGAGGGGGGUGCAGUAUUUGGUCGACUGGGAGGGAUAUGGACCAGAAGAGCGCUCCUGGGUCGCCUGCUCCCGUAUCCUGGAUCCCUCCCUCAUUUCCGACUUCCACUCCGCUCACCCCAAUAAACCAGGUAUGCCGCCAGGGGGCGUCUUAUAAAAGGGGGGGAUACUGUCAGGAUUGUGUGCUGCGGUACUGCCUUCUACUGCUUCUCUGUUGCAGCACACUCCUGAGCACCCUGAUUGCUGAUCAUCUUCACCUGUGCCUGAUUAGUUGUUCUAUUUAAGCUGUGUGCUUACUCACAUCCAGUGCCAGAUUGUCCCUUUGCUACACCCUGUUCAGCUCCUUCCAGCUGGUUCUUGUGCAUUGUGUUUUGGCUUUCUGACCCUCGCUCAGCUCACCUGUAAGUACCUACCUGCCUGCUUGACGUCUUCAGCAGUAGCUGUAUUUUUUGGUACUUCUGCUAGUUUUUUGUUAGCAGCUCUUUUCGUUACUUGUCUGUAUUUUUCCCUGCUCAGUUCACCUUGCAAGCAGUGUUUUUUGUUACCAUUUCCCGCGACUAGGUCCGGAUGUAUUUUUGUUGUACUUUGUUUCUUGUGUUGUUUUUGAUACCCUUUUGUUAUCCAUUUUUGUAUUAAAGACUUUUUCUGUUUCACUUAUUCGACUCUGCAUUUUGGAUUCCUGUCUCACGGCCUUGGCCGUUCAUAACAGCUUUAUUAUGCUUGUGCUUAUUUAUUUAUUA